GCGGCGUUAAUUUCUCACAAGGUCCCCAGCGGGCGUUGUGAUUGUAGUUCAUUAUUGGUCAUUAUAGUUGUUGUUGUCCUUUUAUAAGCAUUGAUUCUUUAAUACGUGAAAAAGAUUUUGAGCCAUGUGUUUCAGCCAAACGUAAAGUACUUUCAUAAUGCUCUUACGUGUUAAUAUUUUGGGGAACUUUAUGUAAGAUAUGAAAAGUACUAGACAGUUUGUUUUUGAUGGAUUACCAGUGGAAAGCACUUCAAAAGCACAUACAGGUUCCUCAGAAGACAGGAUUAUUGUUGAUUCUAACGAUCCAAAGAUUGUCAACAGCAAAAGUUCAAGGGUGUUUUCUGAGAAUAUAUUUUACGGUCCUUCCUAUUGUACAACUCUGCAUUGGUGGUGGAGGUUAAAGUUUUCGCGUUUUGAGGAGUUCGUCUACUCGCAUCAUUGGAAGGUGCUCAGUUCCGUAGUAGUACUUAGCCUUUUUUGUUUUGGCUUGAAAGCCGUUACCGUCGAUACCGAUUUCGACAGGUUAUGGAUCGAGGAAAGUGAUCGUCUUACUGCUGAAUGGAAGUAUUUAACUAAAGCAUUACAGAAUGUUCACACUGAAACAUUAUAUGGUGAUCUGUAUUAUUUUUCAAGAGAUACUAAAUUGUCUAGAAUGGCAUAUCAUUCUCAAAGAGAUGAAAUGGUAGAAAAAGAGACUGAUAUAUUCUCUCUACCAUCAGCUGUGUCCAAAUCUAAAACUGAAACAGAUUCAUCCUUAAAUAGUCGUGAAUUUAUGGGUAGUAUGGAGACAAUAUUACAAACAACUAUACCAUAUACUAGCAGUCAAUCAUUUUCUGAACAGAUUAAAUCAUUAAAUCAUAUCUAUUCAAAUAAUAUCAGUGAUAACAGUAACACUGACAAUGAUAAUUAUGCUGAUAUCCUGACUCCUCAAGCUUUAUUAGAUCACAUGGAGUUUUUGAUCAAAGUAAGACGACUGACAAUCACAGUUGGUUCAUCAAAAUGGUCUUUUAAAGAUUUAUGCCAACGUGUUAGCCUACCGUUUGGUGUUGAAAUGCACCACUUACAAGCUUAUCUGGACAUGAUUAUACCGUGCAUUAUUAUCACGCCGUUAGAUUGUUUUUGGGAAGGUGCUAAAGUCCUUGGUCCUGAGGAAGCAAUGUGGGUUCCUUGGUUUGAUGAACGCACUUUACUUCAGUGGACGAAUAUUGAUCCAGUUGGAUUACUUCAAGAUCUUUCUAAACGUUAUGGCAAUUAUUCACAAACUGAAAUCAAAAAUUUGAUUAAUCUAUUUUAUGAUUCUGGCAUUAAUCAUGGCUAUUUGAAUCGUUCUUGUUUAGAUCCGUUAGAUCCCGCUUGCCCAGUGUCUGCUCCUAAUUAUAGAGGAAAGGCUCCAUAUAUCUCCAAGCUUCUUAGUGGUGGUUGUCCAGGAUUCGCUUCCAAAAUGCUUCAUUGGCCAGAGCAAAUAAUAGUUGGUGGUCGAGUUCAUACCAAUAACAGUUUCAAUAUACCAUUAUAUGCAAAUCACCAGAACGUUGCAUCUGAUUUAAAUCAAAAUAAAACUAAAUCUUCACAAUUUCCUGAUCACCUUCAUUUAUCUUCGUCAGACAAUCAGGGUUCAAAAAAUGUUUCUUAUCUACUAAAGGCUAAUUCACUUCAGUCACUUAUCUUGUUGAGAUCUCCAAGAGAUCUAUAUGAAGCAGUUAGACGAAAUGAUCCAUACAAACAUGAAGAUUGGACAUUAGAUGAUGCUAGACAUGUUUUACGUGAAUGGAGACGAAAUCUAAGACGUUUGAUCAUAGAACACAACACUGGUUUACAACCGAAUGUUGGAUGGCAAUUCUUCGCAUUUACUAAUGCUUCUUUACGUGAUCUCUUACAAGAAAUUACACUUCGUCUAGGACCUCUCACACUGAUUGGUUGCCUUUUAUUGGUGUUUCUCUAUGGCGUUGUCUGUCUUCUUGGUUGGCGAGAUCCUGUUCGUUCACAGUGUUGGUUGGCAUUAUGCGGAAUAACAAUUAUAGCGUUGUCAUCAGUAGCUGGAUUAGGAAUUUGUGCAGCUGUUGGUAUUCCUUUCAAUGUAUUAACUAUUCAGGUAUUACCUUUUCUUCUCCUUGGUUUGGGUGUAGACAGUAUAUUUGUUUUGACUACUUGUCAUGAAUGUUGUAUCGCUCGACGCGUAGUCUUGUUGACAAAUUCACCGCCUCCUUCAGAUUUGAGUAUUCGGUCGUCAGCAAUCUCCUUAUCUUCAUGCUCAUCGAAAUCAUCUAAUCCUGUCCAUGUAUUAUCUGUACAUGGUCCCAGUCUACUUUUUGGUACAAUAUCUUUAGCUGGUGCUUUCUUUUCUGCUGCAUUUAUUCCCGUCCCGUUAAUUCGUCAAUUCUGUCUACAGGCUGGUAUUCUUAUUCUUACACAAUCACUCAGCGUAUUUAUGCUCUUCCCUGUUCUGUUGCAACUUGAUGCCACUCGUCGUAAUCAAAAGCGUCUAGAUGUGUUGUGCUGUUUACGUCAACCAGAGCUGGAAACAACCAUCAAAACAAAUCCCCAAAAGUUGACCACUUUUUGUCAAUCUGAACCUUGUUAUUUACGAUCACUUAAUUAUCAUUCUGGUAGUAAAGAUUUAAUGCUUAAUCGUUGUCAUCGUUAUCAUCACCAUCAUCAUCAUAAUCAUCACUAUCAUUGUCGUCAUUGUCGUUACAUCAAUUCAAAAAGAUUAACAGGAGGAAAUCGUGAUAUUUCUAUUAAUUUACCGGAGACAUGUGUUAAUUCUGGUUUUUCACAUCCAACUAUACAAGUCAAUGUAGUUAAUCAUCUUUCUAGAUCAAAACGUUCGUCAUCCUUUUCCAAUUUCAGUCAUGAGGUUGCUAAAGCAACUGUCAAGACAACAGCCAAUUGUGAUGCUAAUACUGUUCAUACUACAGUUACUGUAACUGGACAUCAAGACAAGGAAACUAAUCCAUCUUAUAAUAUGGCUGAGUCUAGUGGAGCUGAAAAUGUAUCAAUUUUGGAGUGUGAGAAAAACUGCUCUUGUCGAGAUGUUACUCCAAUUCCAGAUCAAGGAAGCUUACAGAAAUGCGUAAAUAAAUCCGAAUCUUGUUCUGAGGAAAAAUUAACUCUUUCUUCGUCGUUGCUUGUACGGUUCACUAGACACUUUGCUCUUUUUAUUACCAGUCACUGGAGUGUACAAUUGUGUAUAUGCCUAUUAGGACUUGGAUUAUUUUGUACAGCUGUGCUUUGUGCAGCUUUUAAAUUGCGCUUAGGUUUGGAUUGGUCCAGUCUAACACCUUCAGAUACCAUCGAAUAUGGAUUUAUAAAAACGGCAGGCCAAGCUUUUGGUUUGAGCAACUUUCAUAUUAUUGCUCGUGGUACCGAUCUUCCUGGUUCUCGACCAUUAUCUAGUCAACCACUUAAACAUUAUACAACUUCAUCAGCUUCCAGUGGGACAUCUGCUCGAUCCCGUGUAAGCCUGGCCACUGUCGGGCGAGGAAUAGACUUUCCAAUGCAACAGCGUCGUCUUCGUUGGAUGUAUCACUGUUUAACGAGUGUUUCAGGUGUAAUGUUAUCUGGACGAAAAGUUUGGUUAGAUACAAUGCGUGACUGGUUAGAAGAGGUACAAAAUGCAUUUGAUAAAGAUCGUAAACAGGGAUAUAUUAUGGAUAGCGGACAUUGGAGUGCUAAUGCUAGUGAACUUGGUGUUCUUGGCUUACGUUUAAUUGUCCAAACUGAUCGUGGUCCUGAGUUAAGUAGAAUUAACACUGGCCGAAUAGUACGUGGUGGUAUAGUAGAUCCACCAGCUUUCUAUACACUUUUACGUGUUUGGCGUUCCAAAGAUGCUUUAAACUUUUCAUCACUACCUUGUAUUAUUUAUCCAGAACCAAGUAUAGUUCAUGUUGGUCGUCUAACUGGCCCUGGACGUCCUUCUGAUCUGCAUGCACUAUCUCCAGCUGAACCGAUCGAAUUUGUUCAAACAAGCUUUUAUGCUGUAGGUGUCAGCGAGAUGAGUGCACAGCUUGAUUUAGUUCAGCAAAUUCGACAUAUUACUGAAACUGCAACCGUUCAAGGUGUUCCAGCUUUUCCUACUGGUGUUCCGUUUACAUUUGUCGAGCACUAUAUUUAUCUAGUUCGAGAGACAGCAAUCGCUUUUGGCAUAUUCUGUACUGUAAUUCUGCUUACUGGAUUAAUAUUAUUCUCUUCACCGAUUACUGUCUUACUUCUACUAAUAAUUGGAGCUGUUGGUGGGGCGUGUUCCGCAAUCAUUGGUUUAGUAAUUCUCAAUUUGGCUUUAAAUCCUAUUUCUGCCUGUUUACUAUUGGUAUCGAGUGGUUUAGGAGCUAGGAUAUCUGUUGGGUUUCUUGGAUCAUGGCCAGUAUCUCAUUUGUAUACAGAUUCAUCUUCUAGUCGAUCAACCCGUAAAAUAUGCUUAUGCCAGUCUCAUUCAUCAUAUGGAUGUACUGCAUCUGAUUCAACUCAAUUUUGUACCCAUGUUCAAAAUUGCAGAUGUGAUCCCACACAGAUUACAUUGUCUCAAUCACCAUCAUCCGUUCAUAAUACCACUGAUACUGUUUCAAAACGCCGUGAACUAGUUAGGGAUCAAAUAGUUCGUAUGCUGAGUAAUCAUUUUACUCCGGCUUUUCAUGCUACAGUUGGACUUUUGCUAGCGUUAUCUUUACUCGUCGCUGCUCGUGUGCAGUUCAUAGCCGAUUACUUUUUCCGUCUGAUCGUUAUUGUUAGCUUUGUUUGUUUAUUCAAUGCUGUGUGUUUAAUACCAACUAUUUGUUAUUUGAUUGGUCCACUUCGUAGCCAUCUCAUACUUGGUGGACGACGCAAUUUGUCAAGUAUUACUUCAACUCCACAUAAAUCACAAAUAGAGCAGGACGUUAUUCACCAUCCCUCUCCUAUUCCUCCACAAACGGAUAAAACUAUUCAUCGUUAUAUGAAAUGUCACUCUUCAGGAAUAAAUACCAAUUCUGAACAACACAUCAAUAUGAUAAAUGAUUCACAGUCAUCUUUCUCAAGUUCACCUUCUAGUACAUCGCCAAGUCUGUCGUCAUCUAGUUCUUCUCGUUCAUCCAGUUCCUUCAGUCAAACAGAACAGAAUCAUGAUGAAUCCAAUCUAAAUGUAAAAUUAUCUAGUAAAACAGAGUCAAGUUGUAAAGAAUCUAACUGUUUGAACUUGAGAGAAUCACCGGGAGACAUUGUUCACCAUAGUUUGAAUUAUUCAAAUGACCGUUGUUUAUGGAUGAAUCCUUCGUCUGAACAGCGUUCAUCAAAUGCAGCCGCUACGGCAGCAGCGGCUGCUGUUGUUGUCGCCGCAGCAGCCGCUGCAUCCGUCCGAUCUCGACCACCUAGCCUAAGCACUAUUUCAGAAGAACCUUCCCACUCCAACUCAACUGUGAGUUUAAAUCAUACUACUCCACCAACUAGUGGAAAUGGUUCUGCAAGUAGUAGUACUACUAGUAGUAGUAAUAAUAAUAAUGAUAAUAAUGAUAGUUAUCUGAAAAAUUUAGAAAAUGAAACUGUUUCAUUGAAUCCUACUUCAUCUUUUAAUUCCGUUAAUUCAAUAGAAAACUACUUCGCACUAAAAAGCCUUCCACUCAAUCUUGUCUCUUCAGUUGAUCUUAUCAGAAUGAGCAGACUUUUGAAUCCAAACAUUUCUACUAAUGAAAUAUGCGAAAGUUUAUAUAGCUCGAUUGCAUCUGCUUCCUCCGAUACCCAUACAUCAGUAAAAGGUCGUCGAACUAACAAGAAUAGAGAAUUGGUCUUAGAUCCGAUUGUAGCCCGUACAUUAUUGGCAGCUGUAACAGCAACUAGUUAUCAAACCGCACACAAAUCAGCCGUAGAUGUAGUACGCGAACAAACUGAAAAUAUGCCACCACCUUCGUAUUCAAGUGUGGUUAACAGAUCUCGUUCUGUUGGUCAUGAUAAACCCUCAGAAACCAUACCAACUUCAUCUCAUCAACAAAAAGCUCAUAAGCAUUAUAAUAUUCCUCCUACCCAUGUAUCAGAUAAUGAGAUAUCAGUUAAUUCAUUUGUGUGUAAUUAUGGAAUUCCUGAUCCUAAUAAUAUUUUUCAACCUAAUAUUCGCACUACCUCAUCAUCAUCGUCAUCAAAAACCUUGAAAACUAAUUAUCAGCAAUCAAGGAAAAAAAAUUUAUCCUUAGUAUUUUCAUCUUCUUCCGGUCAUCUGCAUCAAACUUCACCAAUAAAUACAAACUCAAGCUCUAAAAUCUCACAGUUACCUCUUACUGGUCCAAAUUCGUCAACUACACAUUUAAAUGUAAAUAUUCCACAUUCAUGUCGUCAUAAUCAUAGACAUUGUUGUUCUAGUUGUACAACUGCUCAUUCUAGUUCAAGGUGAUGAUAAUUAUGAUAGCAGCAACAAUAAUAAUCAAUACCUACACUCAUCACUAAAGUGUCGCAGUGUUUAGUUGAAUUCCUAUUCGAAUAGUCAAAUUAAAAUAUCUCACAAUAUUUCACGUAAAUAAAUCCAAUUGUAAAUUUUCCGGUUAUAUGUAUGCUUUUAACAUAUCUAUCUAUUUGUACUGCUGAUUGUAUGUAGAUCGGUUUGCUUUUUUUAUACUUUACUUGUCUUAUACUUCUUCAAGUUAUAUAUGCAUUUUGUACAGAUUUGUGUUUUAUAUAAACUGUUAAAGAAAAUAAUAGUAUUGUUUGCUUUCUCCUUCGUAAUACUUUGCCACUAGUUCUUAUUUUCACAUAGAAUGUUUAUUUUGACCAAUACUGUUUUCAGCCCCGCCCCCGGUCGUUUUUAUUCCUUAUUUGAGCGCCAGGUUUUUCUGUUACCAAAAAUGUCUAAUUGAAAUUUCUUUCUUCAACUAAUUUACUUCUUUCUUGUAUUUGUUACAGUUCAUCUUGGAACUAACUUACUUAGUGUAUAUAGAUGAUUUAAUGCUGGUGGUCGGUUAGGCUUGAUUAUCAUUGUUUUGAAAAUCUUUUCCAAAUCAUUUAUUUGUUUUUCCUUGUGUCUCAAUUUUUAUGUUAUUUCUUCCAAAUUGAAAUGGUUUCUUUUUCUCUUUCGAAAUAUUUUACUGAAUGGUUUUCUAAAUUAUUGUAUUUUAUAAAACAAAUAAUGAUUGACAUACGUAAAACGGUAUGUAGUUGAUCUCAUCUCUUAAUUUUUGGUAUUCACAAUUAAGCCUGCUUUCCAAUUAUCCAACGUACUCUGUUUAUGUAUAUGUAUAAACAUAUAUAUAUAUCAAGGUUUUGUAUAAAGUCAAGCUUUUCUACUUCUUAUCUAUGUAAUCUUGAUUUUUACAUUCUCCUUAAAAAAAACCCUGGUGACUUGUGCAGUAAUCUAAUGUUCUUUUCAUUUUCUUAGUAGUAGUAGUAACUUGUUAUGGAACAAUAAAGGAAUAACUAUUUUUCUUUUUGUCUUUUCUAUAGCCGACUAAUCUAUCUUCGUUGUGUGUUCUCUUUUCUUUUCUUUUUUGUUUUGUUAACAACUCAGUUGAUUUGAUAACUUUCAUUUCAUUUUUUUUUCUAGAUUUCUCUCCACUCCCCAGUCAUACGUACAGACUGUUGUUACAUUCUUUACGUGUGUUCUUUGUAUUUAAUCUGUUUUUGUUUUUUUUCAAAUCUCAUUUUCUGUAAACAGACAAGUGUUUUUUUAUGUAUGUACGUAUGCAUACAUAGCUAACUAAUGUUUAUAUUUAUUUAACUAGGCAUUUUAUUUUAUUCUGUUGUUUUUUUUCAUAUUACUGUAUUUUUUCCCUAAUUUAAACAAAUUCACAUGAAUAAAUAUUCAGUAUGUUAUUUCUACAUAAAUAAAUAAUUUGGUAAUUC